GUCUGUUUUGCUCCCCGUUACUUAGGCCGUUCCUUACCUAGAAUUUGGAUCAUAUUGGCGGCAUACACAAUAUCGUACACUACAACAAUGACAGAACCCAGGACCAGAGAGCGCUCGCGAUCCCCACGUCGUCAUGAGGCUAGACCUUCGCGCCAUCGGUCCCGCUCACCGAGACAGCGACACCAUGUUCCUGCGACAGCGCUUCCUUUGAAUGCGCAAGAGAUCUCAAAACAUGACCUGCCCUCAUACCGAAACAUGUUUGCGCUCUAUCUUGACAUACAAAAACAGAUGGAUAUCGACGACCUGACUGAGACGGAGGUGAAAGGCAGAUGGAAGAGUUUCGUUGGGAAAUGGAAUCGUGGAGAACUCGCAGAAGGCUGGUAUGAACCGAAGACCCUGGAGAAAUCGAGAAUUUCAGCAGCCAGGAGUGAUCCAAACGACCAGGGUCCCAAGGACGAGGACGAGGACGAAUAUGGGCCUGCGCUGCCUGGGACUGGUCUGGCCGAAGGGCACGAAGGCUCUAGAUACAACCAGGCACAUGGAGCGUCCAUACCGUCUGUGCAGGACCUCCGUGCCCGAGAUGAGCAAACAGGCGAAGACGCCGCAUCAGCACGGGAAAGAUACCGGGAUGAUAUCCGUCACGAGCGAGCCAUCGACCGGAAGUUACAGAAAGAAAGGCUCGAGGAGAUAGCACCACGGGCAGAGGCAGGUACACGUGAGCGACAGCUCGAGAAGAAGAGAGAGAAGGCCGAUUCCAACCGCUCUUUUGCCGCAUCCAAGGACGCCGGAGACACCGAUCUGCGCGAUGCGGACGUCAUGGGUGAGGAAGACAGUAUCCGCGAAUUGAAGAGAGCCAAGAAAGAGACCGAGCGAAAGAAGAAUGAACGAGAGAUUCGAAAAGAAGAGAUCUUGCGUGCGAGAGCCGCCGAACGGGAGACUCGUCUGGCAGGACUGAAAGAAAAAGAGGAUCGGACAAUGGCUAUGCUCAAAGAAAUCGCCAAGCAGCGCUUUGGUGGAGGAGAAUCAUGACCAGCACCAUAUCUCU